UAGUCACAUUUUUAAGGUUAUGUUUAUUUCAACUUAAUGGAAAGAUUAUUUAACAUAUUUUGUUCUCUUAUUUUUGUCAGUAUUUCAGUAAAAAUAUAAAUAACAAUAAGGAUACCUACUGACUAUCGUCAUCAUCUGCUUCUUCCUUAUUCCAUUUAUUUGUAGUCGGCGUAUUUUUAUUCCAUGAUUAUUACUAUGUUUUGAACUAAAAAUUAAUUUCACUCGUAUAAAACAGUUAAAAUCUAACUAUGUACAAAAAUUUAAUGUUACAAAGGUUACCUUUUAGAUAUAUGAAAAAGGAAUUUUUCUCGCAGUUAAGUGAAUUAAAAAAAAUAAAUAGUAAUCAUAAUAUAGCCAGACACCUAACAGUAUCAGUUACCCAAUGUAAAAAGAGAAGGCCUGAGGAAGAAAAGGCAGCCCUAAUUGGCGGAAGAAAAGCAAUUAGAUAUUCACCCAAAGCAGGUUCAGAGGUGGUGGGAAUAUGGCGCAACAUGACUGUUCAGGAUAUAGCUAAUGUACUCAACAAAGAUAUUGAUCAUGUACUGAAAGCCUUAGAAUUCGCAGAUAAAACAUCAGACACAGAUUAUAAGAACAACACUGUGAUAUACAAUCCUCAGAUAAUUAGAGACAUAGUUAAAAUAUCUGGAUUCAGAUUCAAAAUUGUACCAAAUCCUGACCAGGAAAUAGAAGAAGAGGAGAACAAAGAUGCCGUUCCCGCGCCGCCCGCAGCCCCCGAAGCUUUGCGGGCGCGACCGCCGGUGGUGUGCGUGAUGGGCCACGUGGACCACGGGAAGACCACGCUACUCGACGCGCUCAGGGACACCUCCGUCGUCGACCAAGAGUUCGGAGGCAUCACGCAACAUAUUGGUGCUUUUGAAGUGCAAUUACCGGGCGGUGAGAAGGUGACGUUCCUGGACACGCCGGGCCACGCGGCCUUCACCGCCAUGAGGUCGCGCGGCGCGCUCGCCACAGACGUCGUGGUGCUGGUGGUGGCCGCAGACGACGGCGUCAUGGAGCAGACCCUCGAGUCCAUACGGAUGGCCAGGGAGGCCGAAGUCCCUAUAUUAGUGGCGAUCAACAAGAUCGACAAGCCAGGUGUAAACAUUGAACGCAUAUUACGCGCGCUAGCACAACACGGCGUCAUCUGCGAGGAGUUGGGAGGGGAUGUGCAGGCGAUACCAAUAUCGGCGCUUAAGAAACAGAACCUCAACACCUUGGUAGAGGCGCUCACGUUGCAGGCGCAGCUCAUGGACCUCAAGGCGGAUCCAGGGGGGCUGGUGGAGGGAGUCGUCAUAGAGGCGCAACUUGAUCCUCGUACUGGGAAACAAGCUACGGUACUGGUGCAACGUGGAACAUUGCGACGAGGAUGCGUGAUCGUAGCGGGCUCCGGAUGGGCCAAGGUGCGAGUGUUAAACAACGCAGAGGGUCGAACAGUGCUGGAGGCGCCGCCGGCCACGCCCGUGUCGGUGGUCGGGUGGCGCGAGCUGCCGUCUGCGGGAGACCAGAAACGCGCCAGUGAAGUGUUAAAAUGGCGCCACAACCAACGCAUGAAGGAGAAACAGGAAAUGGACCGAGCCGCCAUCGAAGUGAAGGAGGCGGCCCACAGAGAACAGUACAAGGCCACGUUGUCCCGCAAGAGAGCAAUGGGACGCUACAAACUAAAGCCGGACGGGCCCAGGCAGAAGAUGAUACAGUACGACGACCAUCCCACGCUUAAUGUACUGGUCAAAGGUGAUGUGGACGGAUCAGUGGAAGCUAUCCUGGACAUCUUGGAGACGUAUGAUGAACACGACCAGGUUAGACUGGACCUCAUCCAUUACGGUGUUGGGCCGGUGACACCCAAUGAUUUAGAGAUAGCGGAAGCAUUCAACGCUGUUAUAUACGCAUUCAACGUGGACUGUCCACCCCCACUCGCCGUUACCGCUAAGAAGAAAGACAUAGCGGUGAAGAAGUACAACAUUAUAUACAAACUGGUGGAUGAUGUUAAGGAGGAGAUCAGCGCCAGGAUACCGAAGCGGCAGGAGGAGGAAUCACUGGGUGAAGCGAAUGUUCUACAGCUGUUCCAAGUGACAGAAGGCAAGCGUAAGGUACCAGUGGCCGGGUGCCGCUGUGUCAAGGGCAAUCUCCACCGCAACGCCCUCUACAGGGUCAUUAGAGAGCUACAAGUCGUGUAUGAAGGUAAACUAGUAUCAAUGAAACAUCUCAAAGACGAGACGAAUACGAUAAAACGCGACAUGGAAUGCGGGCUGCGCUUCGAGGACGCGACAUUCGAAGUAAAGCCAGGGGAUACUAUAAUAUGCUACAAAAUGGUAGACGCAAGCGACCGCACUUCUUGGGACCCAGGAUUUUGAUUUACAAUUACU